GUAUCCUCUGGUAGCCACACCGAAACCGAUGUCAUCUCUUUCUACACCACUACCGACUCUGAAGGUGAAGUCGUUACCACUUCUACCACCUACCCAGUCACCUCUUCUGGUGUUCCAGCUCCAGUCACUACAGUUGUAUCCUCUGGUAGCCACACCGAAACCGAUGUCAUCUCUUUCUACACCACUACCGACUCUGAAGGUGAAGUCGUUACCACUUCUACCACCUACCCAGUCACCUCUUCUGGUGUUCCAGCUCCAGUCACUACAGUUGUAUCCUCUGGUAGCCACACCGAAACCGAUGUCAUCUCUUUCUACACCACUACCGACUCUGAAGGUGAAGUCGUUACCACUUCUACCACCUACCCAGUCACCUCAUCAGGUGUUCCAGCUCCAGUCACUACUGUUGUAUCCUCUGGUAGCCACACCGAAACUGAUGUCAUCUCUUUCUACACCACUACCGACUCUGAAGGUGAAGUCGUUACCACUUCUACCACCUACCCAGUCACCUCUUCUGGUGUUCCAGCUCCAGUCACUACUGUUGUAUCCUCUGGUAGCCACACCGAAACCGAUGUCAUCUCUUUCUACACCACUACCGACUCUGAAGGUGAAGUCGUUACCACUUCUACCACCUACCCAGUCACCUCUUCUGGUGUUCCAGCUCCAGUCACUACUGUUGUAUCCUCUGGUAGCCACACCGAAACCGACGUCAUCUCUUUCUACACCACUACCGACUCUGAAGGUGAAGUCGUUACCACUUCUACCACCUACCCAGUCACCUCAUCAGGUGUUCCAGCUCCAGUCACUACUGUUGUAUCCUCUGGUAGCCACACCGAAACCGACGUCAUCUCUUUCUACACCACUACCGACUCUGAAGGUGAAGUCGUUACCACUUCUACCACCUACCCAGUCACCUCAUCAGGUGUUCCAGCUCCAGUCACUACUGUUGUAUCCUCUGGUAGCCACACCGAAACCGAUGUCAUCUCUUUCUACACCACUACCGACUCUGAAGGUGAAGUCGUUACCACUUCUACCACCUACCCAGUCACCUCUUCUGGUGUUCCAGCUCCAGUCACUACUGUUGUAUCCUCUGGUAGCCACACCGAAACCGAUGUCAUCUCUUUCUACACCACUACCGACUCUGAAGGUGAAGUCGUUACCACUUCUACCACCUACCCAGUCACCUCUUCUGGUGUUCCAGCUCCAGUCACUACUGUUGUAUCCUCUGGUAGCCACACCGAAACCGAUGUCAUCUCUUUCUACACCACUACCGACUCUGAAGGUGAAGUCGUUACCACUUCUACCACCUACCCAGUCACCUCUUCUGGUGUUCCAGCUCCAGUCACUACUGUUGUAUCCUCUGGUAGCCACACCGAAACCGAUGUCAUCUCUUUCUACACCACUACCGACUCUGAAGGUGAAGUCGUUACCACUUCUACCACCUACCCAGUCACCUCUUCUGGUGUUCCAGCUCCAGUCACUACUGUUGUAUCCUCUGGUAGCCACACCGAAACCGACGUCAUCUCUUUCUACACCACUACCGACUCUGAAGGUGAAGUCGUUACCACUUCUACCACCUACCCAGUCACCUCAUCAGGUGUUCCAGCUCCAGUCACUACUGUUGUAUCCUCUGGUAGCCACACCGAAACCGAUGUCAUCUCUUUCUACACCACUACCGACUCUGAAGGUGAAGUCGUUACCACUUCUACCACCUACCCAGUCACCUCUUCUGGUGUUCCAGCUCCAGUCACUACUGUUGUAUCCUCUGGUAGCCACACCGAAACCGAUGUCAUCUCUUUCUACACCACUACCGACUCUGAAGGUGAAGUCGUUACCACUUCUACCACCUACCCAGUCACCUCUUCUGGUGUUCCAGCUCCAGUCACUACUGUUGUAUCCUCUGGUAGCCACACCGAAACCGACGUCAUCUCUUUCUACACCACUACCGACUCUGAAGGUGAAGUCGUUACCACUUCUACCACCUACCCAGUCACCUCAUCAGGUGUUCCAUCUCCAGUCACUACUGUUGUAUCCUCUGGUAGCCACACCGAAACCGAUGUCAUCUCUUUCUACACCACUACCGACUCUGAAGGUGAAGUCGUUACCACUUCUACCACCUACCCAGUCACCUCAUCAGGUGUUCCAGCUCCAGUCACUACUGUUGUAUCCUCUGGUAGCCACACCGAAACCGAUGUCAUCUCUUUCUACACCACUACCGACUCUGAAGGUGAAGUCGUUACCACUUCUACCACCUACCCAGUCACCUCUUCUGGUGUUCCAGCUCCAGUCACUACUGUUGUAUCCUCUGGUAGCCACACCGAAACUGAUGUCAUCUCUUUCUACACCACUACCGACUCUGAAGGUGAAGUCGUUACCACUUCUACCACCUACCCAGUCACCUCUUCUGGUGUUCCAGCUCCAGUCACUACAGUUGUAUCCUCUGGUAGCCACACCGAAACCGAUGUCAUCUCUUUCUACACCACUACCGACUCUGAAGGUGAAGUCGUUACCACUUCUACCACCUACCCAGUCACCUCUUCUGGUGUUCCAGCUCCAGUCACUACUGUUGUAUCCUCUGGUAGCCACACCGAAACCGAUGUCAUCUCUUUCUACACCACUACCGACUCUGAAGGUGAAGUAGUUACCAUUUCGACAACAUAUUUAAUUUCUGAUGUAUGUACUGAUGUUAGGAUUACUUCGAGUAUUAAUGCUUCCAUUAGUUGUACGUCAUUCAUUUCGAGCAUUUCAAAAAUUGCUUCUAUUAAUGCAGAUAAAUCUGUUACUAUAAGAACUUCCCUAUCUUUAGAAUCUCUAAGUUUAACUCAAAAUACUAUUGCCGCUUCUACCACCUACCCAGUCACCUCUUCUGGUGUUCCAGCUCCAGUCACUACAGUUGUAUCCUCUGGUAGCCACACCGAAACCGAUGUCAUCUCUUUCUACACCACUACCGACUCUGAAGGUGAAGUCGUUACCACUUCUACCACCUACCCAGUCACCUCAUCAGGUGUUCCAGCUCCAGUCACUACAGUUGUAUCCUCUGGUAGCCACACCGAAACCGAUGUCGUCUCUUUCUACACCACUACCGACUCUGAAGGUGAAGUCGUUACCACUUCUACCACCUACCCAGUCACCUCAUCAGGUGUUCCAGCUCCAGUCACUACUGUUGUAUCCUCUGGUAGCCACACCGAAACCGACGUCAUCUCUUUCUACACCACUACCGACUCUGAAGGUGAAGUCGUUACCACUUCUACCACCUACCCAGUCACCUCUUCUGGUGUUCCAGCUCCAGUCACUACUGUUGUAUCCUCUGGUAGCCACACCGAAACUGAUGUAAUCUCUUUCUACACCACUACCGACUCUGAAGGUGAAGUCGUUACCACUUCUACCACCUACCCAGUCACCUCUUCUGGUGUUCCAGCUCCAGUCACUACUGUUGUAUCCUCUGGUAGCCACACCGAAACCGAUGUCAUCUCUUUCUACACCACUACCGACUCUGAAGGUGAAGUCGUUACCACUUCUACCACCUACCCAGUCACCUCAUCAGGUGUUCCAGCUCCAGUCACUACUGUUGUAUCCUCUGGUAGCCACACCGAAACCGAUGUCAUCUCUUUCUACACCACUACCGACUCUGAAGGUGAAGUCGUUACCACUUCUACCACCUACCCAGUCACCUCUUCUGGUGUUCCAGCUCCAGUCACUACUGUUGUAUCCUCUGGUAGCCACACCGAAACCGACGUCAUCUCUUUCUACACCACUACCGACUCUGAAGGUGAAGUCGUUACCACUUCUACCACCUACCCAGUCACCUCAUCAGGUGUUCCAGCUCCAGUCACUACUGUUGUAUCCUCUGGUAGCCACACCGAAACUGAUGUCAUCUCUUUCUACACCACUACCGACUCUGAAGGUGAAGUCGUUACCACUUCUACCACCUACCCAGUCACCUCUUCUGGUGUUCCAGCUCCAGUCACUACUGUCGUAUCCUCUGGUAGCCACACCGAAACCGACGUCAUCUCUUUCUACACCACUACCGACUCUGAAGGUGAAGUCGUUACCACUUCUACCACCUACCCAGUCACCUCAUCAGGUGUUCCAGCUCCAGUCACUACUGUUGUAUCCUCUGGUAGCCACACCGAAACCGAUGUCAUCUCUUUCUACACCACUACCGACUCUGAAGGUGAAGUCGUUACCACUUCUACCACCUACCCAGUCACCUCUUCUGGUGUUCCAGCUCCAGUCACUACUGUUGUAUCCUCUGGUAGCCACACCGAAACCGACGUCAUCUCUUUCUACACCACUACCGACUCUGAAGGUGAAGUCGUUACCACUUCUACCACCUACCCAGUCACCUCUUCUGGUGUUCCAGCUCCAGUCACUACUGUUGUAUCCUCUGGUAGCCACACCGAAACCGAUGUCAUCUCUUUCUACACCACUACCGACUCUGAAGGUGAAGUCGUUACCACUUCUACCACCUACCCAGUCACCUCUUCUGGUGUUCCAGCUCCAGUCACUACUGUUGUAUCCUCUGGUAGCCACACCGAAACCGAUGUCAUCUCUUUCUACACCACUACCGACUCUGAAGGUGAAGUCGUUACCACUUCUACCACCUACCCAGUCACCUCUUCUGGUGUUCCAGCUCCAGUCACUACUGUUGUAUCCUCUGGUAGCCACACCGAAACUGAUGUCAUCUCUUUCUACACCACUACCGACUCUGAAGGUGAAGUCGUUACCACUUCUACCACCUACCCAGUCACCUCUUCUGGUGUUCCAGCUCCAGUCACUACUGUCGUAUCCUCUGGUAGCCACACCGAAACCGAUGUCAUCUCUUUCUACACCACUACCGACUCUGAAGGUGAAGUCGUUACCACUUCUACCACCUACCCAGUCACCUCUUCUGGUGUUCCAGCUCCAGUCACUACUGUUGUAUCCUCUGGUAGCCACACCGAAACCGAUGUCAUCUCUUUCUACACCACUACCGACUCUGAAGGUGAAGUCGUUACCACUUCUACCACCUACCCAGUCACCUCAUCAGGUGUUCCAGCUCCAGUCACUACUGUUGUAUCCUCUGGUAGCCACACCGAAACCGAUGUCAUCUCUUUCUACACCACUACCGACUCUGAAGGUGAAGUCGUUACCACUUCUACCACCUACCCAGUCACCUCUUCUGGUGUUCCAGCUCCAGUCACUACUGUUGUAUCCUCUGGUAGCCACACCGAAACCGAUGUCAUCUCUUUCUACACCACUACCGACUCUGAAGGUGAAGUCGUUACCACUUCUACCACCUACCCAGUCACCUCUUCUGGUGUUCCAGCUCCAGUCACUACUGUUGUAUCCUCUGGUAGCCACACCGAAACCGACGUCAUCUCUUUCUACACCACUACCGACUCUGAAGGUGAAGUCGUUACCACUUCUACCACCUACCCAGUCACCUCAUCAGGUGUUCCAGCUCCAGUCACUACUGUUGUAUCCUCUGGUAGCCACACCGAAACCGAUGUCAUCUCUUUCUACACCACUACCGACUCUGAAGGUGAAGUCGUUACCACUUCUACCACCUACCCAGUCACCUCUUCUGGUGUUCCAGCUCCAGUCACUACUGUUGUAUCCUCUGGUAGCCACACCGAAACUGAUGUCAUCUCUUUCUACACCACUACCGACUCUGAAGGUGAAGUCGUUACCACUUCUACCACCUACCCAGUCACCUCUUCUGGUGUUCCAGCUCCAGUCACUACUGUCGUAUCCUCUGGUAGCCACACCGAAACCGAUGUCAUCUCUUUCUACACCACUACCGACUCUGAAGGUGAAGUCGUUACCACUUCUACCACCUACCCAGUCACCUCUUCUGGUGUUCCAGCUCCAGUCACUACAGUUGUAUCCUCUGGUAGCCACACCGAAACCGAUGUCAUCUCUUUCUACACCACUACCGACUCUGAAGGUGAAGUCGUUACCACUUCUACCACCUACCCAGUCACCUCUUCUGGUGUUCCAGCUCCAGUCACUACAGUUGUAUCCUCUGGUAGCCACACCGAAACCGAUGUCAUCUCUUUCUACACCACUACCGACUCUGAAGGUGAAGUCGUUACCACUUCUACCACCUACCCAGUCACCUCAUCAGGUGUUCCAGCUCCAGUCACUACUGUUGUAUCCUCUGGUAGCCACACCGAAACUGAUGUCAUCUCUUUCUACACCACUACCGACUCUGAAGGUGAAGUCGUUACCACUUCUACCACCUACCCAGUCACCUCUUCUGGUGUUCCAGCUCCAGUCACUACUGUUGUAUCCUCUGGUAGCCACACCGAAACCGAUGUCAUCUCUUUCUACACCACUACCGACUCUGAAGGUGAAGUCGUUACCACUUCUACCACCUACCCAGUCACCUCUUCUGGUGUUCCAGCUCCAGUCACUACUGUUGUAUCCUCUGGUAGCCACACCGAAACCGACGUCAUCUCUUUCUACACCACUACCGACUCUGAAGGUGAAGUCGUUACCACUUCUACCACCUACCCAGUCACCUCUUCUGGUGUUCCAGCUCCAGUCACUACUGUUGUAUCCUCUGGUAGCCACACCGAAACCGAUGUCAUCUCUUUCUACACCACUACCGACUCUGAAGGUGAAGUCGUUACCACUUCUACCACCUACCCAGUCACCUCUUCUGGUGUUCCAGCUCCAGUCACUACUGUUGUAUCCUCUGGUAGCCACACCGAAACCGACGUCAUCUCUUUCUACACCACUACCGACUCUGAAGGUGAAGUCGUUACCACUUCUACCACCUACCCAGUCACCUCUUCUGGUGUUCCAGCUCCAGUCACUACUGUUGUAUCCUCUGGUAGCCACACCGAAACCGAUGUCAUCUCUUUCUACACCACUACCGACUCUGAAGGUGAAGUCGUUACCACUUCUACCACCUACCCAGUCACCUCUUCUGGUGUUCCAGCUCCAGUCACUACAGUUGUAUCCUCUGGUAGCCACACCGAAACUGAUGUAAUCUCUUUCUACACCACUACCGACUCUGAAGGUGAAGUCGUUACCACUUCUACCACCUACCCAGUCACCUCUUCUGGUGUUCCAGCUCCAGUCACUACUGUUGUAUCCUCUGGUAGCCACACCGAAACCGACGUCAUCUCUUUCUACACCACUACCGACUCUGAAGGUGAAGUCGUUACCACUUCUACCACCUACCCAGUCACCUCUUCUGGUGUUCCAGCUCCAGUCACUACUGUUGUAUCCUCUGGUAGCCACACCGAAACCGAUGUCAUCUCUUUCUACACCACUACCGACUCUGAAGGUGAAGUCGUUACCACUUCUACCACCUACCCAGUCACCUCAUCAGGUGUUCCAGCUCCAGUCACUACUGUUGUAUCCUCUGGUAGCCACACCGAAACCGACGUCAUCUCUUUCUACACCACUACCGACUCUGAAGGUGAAGUCGUUACCACUUCUACCACCUACCCAGUCACCUCUUCUGGUGUUCCAGCUCCAGUCACUACUGUUGUAUCCUCUGGUAGCCACACCGAAACCGAUGUCAUCUCUUUCUACACCACUACCGACUCUGAAGGUGAAGUCGUUACCACUUCUACCACCUACCCAGUCACCUCUUCUGGUGUUCCAGCUCCAGUCACUACUGUUGUAUCCUCUGGUAGCCACACCGAAACCGAUGUCAUCUCUUUCUACACCACUACCGACUCUGAAGGUGAAGUCGUUACCACUUCUACCACCUACCCAGUCACCUCAUCAGGUGUUCCAGCUCCAGUCACUACUGUUGUAUCCUCUGGUAGCCACACCGAAACCGAUGUCAUCUCUUUCUACACCACUACCGACUCUGAAGGUGAAGUCGUUACCACUUCUACCACCUACCCAGUCACCUCAUCAGGUGUUCCAGCUCCAGUCACUACUGUUGUAUCCUCUGGUAGCCACACCGAAACCGAUGUCAUCUCUUUCUACACCACUACCGACUCUGAAGGUGAAGUCGUUACCACUUCUACCACCUACCCAGUCACCUCUUCUGGUGUUCCAGCUCCAGUCACUACAGUUGUAUCCUCUGGUAGCCACACCGAAACCGAUGUCAUCUCUUUCUACACCACUACCGACUCUGAAGGUGAAGUCGUUACCACUUCUACCACCUACCCAGUCACCUCAUCAGGUGUUCCAGCUCCAGUCACUACUGUUGUAUCCUCUGGUAGCCACACCGAAACCGAUGUCAUCUCUUUCUACACCACUACCGACUCUGAAGGUGAAGUCGUUACCACUUCUACCACCUACCCAGUCACCUCUUCUGGUGUUCCAGCUCCAGUCACUACUGUUGUAUCCUCUGGUAGCCACACCGAAACCGACGUCAUCUCUUUCUACACCACUACCGACUCUGAAGGUGAAGUCGUUACCACUUCUACCACCUACCCAGUCACCUCAUCAGGUGUUCCAGCUCCAGUCACUACUGUUGUAUCCUCUGGUAGCCACACCGAAACUGAUGUCAUCUCUUUCUACACCACUACCGACUCUGAAGGUGAAGUCGUUACCACUUCUACCACCUACCCAGUCACCUCAUCAGGUGUUCCAGCUCCAGUCACUACUGUUGUAUCCUCUGGUAGCCACACCGAAACCGAUGUCAUCUCUUUCUACACCACUACCGACUCUGAAGGUGAAGUCGUUACCACUUCUACCACCUACCCAGUCACCUCAUCAGGUGUUCCAGCUCCAGUCACUACUGUUGUAUCCUCUGGUAGCUACACCGAAACCGACGUCAUCUCUUUCUACACCACUACCGACUCUGAAGGUGAAGUCGUUACCACUUCUACCACCUACCCAGUCACCUCAUCAGGUGUUCCAGCUCCAGUCACUACUGUUGUAUCCUCUGGUAGCCACACCGAAACCGACGUCAUCUCUUUCUACACCACUACCGACUCUGAAGGUGAAGUCGUUACCACUUCUACCACCUACCCAGUCACCUCUUCUGGUGUUCCAGCUCCAGUCACUACUGUUGUAUCCUCUGGUAGCCACACCGAAACCGAUGUCAUCUCUUUCUACACCACUACCGACUCUGAAGGUGAAGUCGUUACCACUUCUACCACCUACCCAGUCACCUCAUCAGGUGUUCCAGCUCCAGUCACUACUGUUGUAUCCUCUGGUAGCCACACCGAAACCGACGUCAUCUCUUUCUACACCACUACCGACUCUGAAGGUGAAGUCGUUACCACUUCUACCACCUACCCAGUCACCUCUUCUGGUGUUCCAGCUCCAGUCACUACUGUUGUAUCCUCUGGUAGCCACACCGAAACCGACGUCAUCUCUUUCUACACCACUACCGACUCUGAAGGUGAAGUCGUUACCACUUCUACCACCUACCCAGUCACCUCAUCAGGUGUUCCAGCUCCAGUCACUACUGUUGUAUCCUCUGGUAGCCACACCGAAACCGAUGUCAUCUCUUUCUACACCACUACCGACUCUGAAGGUGAAGUCGUUACCACUUCUACCACCUACCCAGUCACCUCUUCUGGUGUUCCAGCUCCAGUCACUACUGUUGUAUCCUCUGGUAGCCACACCGAAACCGAUGUCAUCUCUUUCUACACCACUACCGACUCUGAAGGUGAAGUCGUUACCACUUCUACCACCUACCCAGUCACCUCUUCUGGUGUUCCAGCUCCAGUCACUACUGUUGUAUCCUCUGGUAGCCACACCGAAACCGAUGUCAUCUCUUUCUACACCACUACCGACUCUGAAGGUGAAGUCGUUACCACUUCUACCACCUACCCAGUCACCUCUUCUGGUGUUCCAGCUCCAGUCACUACUGUUGUAUCCUCUGGUAGCCACACCGAAACCGAUGUCAUCUCUUUCUACACCACUACCGACUCUGAAGGUGAAGUCGUUACCACUUCUACCACCUACCCAGUCACCUCUUCUGGUGUUCCAGCUCCAGUCACUACUGUUGUAUCCUCUGGUAGCCACACCGAAACCGACGUCAUCUCUUUCUACACCACUACCGACUCUGAAGGUGAAGUCGUUACCACUUCUACCACCUACCCAGUCACUUCUUCUGGUGUUCCAGCUCCAGUCACUACUGUUGUAUCCUCUGGUAGCCACACCGAAACCGAUGUCAUCUCUUACUACACCACUACCGACUCUGAAGGUGAAUUAGUUACCACUUCUACCACCUACCCAGUCACUUCUUCUGGUGUUCCAGCUCCAGUCACCACCACUAUCACUUCUGGCAGCCACACUGAAACCGAUGUCAUCUCUUACUACACCACUACCGACUCUGAAGGUGAAUUAGUUACCACUUCUACCACCUACCCAGUCACUUCUUCUGGUGUUCCAGCUCCAGUCACCACCACUAUCACUUCUGGCAGCCACACUGAAACCGAUGUCAUCUCUUACUACACCACUACCGACUCUGAAGGUGAAUUAGUUACCACUUCUACCACCUACCCAGUCACUUCUUCUGGUGUUCCAGCUCCAGUCACCACCACUAUCACUUCUGGCAGCCACACUGAAACCGAUGUCAUCUCUUACUACACCACUACCGACUCUGAAGGUGAAUUAGUUACCACUUCUACCACCUACCCAGUCACUUCUUCUGGUGUUCCAGCUCCAGUCACCACCACUAUCACUUCUGGCAGCCACACUGAAACCGAUGUCAUCUCUUACUACACCACUACCGACUCUGAAGGUGAAUUAGUUACCACUUCUACCACCUACCCAGUCACUUCUUCUGGUGUUCCAGCUCCAGUCACCACCACUAUCACUUCUGGCAGCCACACUGAAACCGAUGUCAUCUCUUACUACACCACUACCGACUCUGAAGGUGAAUUAGUUACCACUUCUACCACCUACCCAGUCACUUCUUCUGGUGUUCCAGCUCCAGUCACCACCACUAUCACUUCUGGUAGCCACACUGAAACCGAUGUCAUCUCUUACUACACCACUACCGACUCCGAAGGUGAAUUAGUUACCACUUCUACCACCUACCCAGUCACUUCUUCUGGUGUUCCAGCUCCAGUCACCACCACUAUCACUUCUGGUAGCCACACUGAAACCGAUGUCAUCUCUUACUACACCACUACCGACUCUGAAGGUGAAUUAGUUACCACUUCUACCACCUACCCAGUCACUUCUUCUGGUGUUCCAGCUCCAGUCACCACCACUAUCACUUCUGGCAGCCACACUGAAACCGAUGUCAUCUCUUACUACACCACUACCGACUCCGAAGGUGAAUUAGUUACCACUUCUACCACCUACCCAGUCACUUCUUCUGGUGUUCCAGCUCCAGUCACCACCACUAUCACUUCUGGCAGCCACACUGAAACCGAUGUCAUCUCUUACUACACCACUACCGACUCUGAAGGUGAAUUAGUUACCACUUCUACCACCUACCCAGUCACUUCUUCUGGUGUUCCAGCUCCAGUCACCACCACUAUCACUUCUGGCAGCCACACUGAAACCGAUGUCAUCUCUUACUACACCACUACCGACUCCGAAGGUGAAUUAGUUACCACUUCUACCACCUACCCAGUCACUUCUUCUGGUGUUCCAGCUCCAGUCACCACCACUAUCACUUCUGGUAGCCACACUGAAACCGAUGUCAUCUCUUACUACACCACUACCGACUCUGAAGGUGAAUUAGUUACCACUUCUACCACCUACCCAGUCACUUCUUCUGGUGUUCCAGCUCCAGUCACCACCACUAUCACUUCUGGCAGCCACACUGAAACCGAUGUCAUCUCUUACUACACCACUACCGACUCUGAAGGUGAAUUAGUUACCACUUCUACCACCUACCCAGUCACUUCUUCUGGUGUUCCAGCUCCAGUCACCACCACUAUCACUUCUGGCAGCCACACUGAAACCGAUGUCAUCUCUUACUACACCACUACCGACUCCGAAGGUGAAUUAGUUACCACUUCUACCACCUACCCAGUCACUUCUUCUGGUGUUCCAGCUCCAGUCACCACCACUAUCACUUCUGGCAGCCACACUGAAACCGAUGUCAUCUCUUACUACACCACUACCGACUCUGAAGGUGAAUUAGUUACCACUUCUACCACCUACCCAGUCACUUCUUCUGGUGUUCCAGCUCCAGUCACCACCACUAUCACUUCUGGCAGCCACACUGAAACCGAUGUCAUCUCUUACUACACCACUACCGACUCUGAAGGUGAAUUAGUUACCACUUCUACCACCUACCCAGUCACUUCUUCUGGUGUUCCAGCUCCAGUCACCACCACUAUCACUUCUGGCAGCCACACUGAAACCGAUGUCAUCUCUUACUACACCACUACCGACUCUGAAGGUGAAUUAGUUACCACUUCUACCACCUACCCAGUCACUUCUUCUGGUGUUCCAGCUCCAGUCACCACCACUAUCACUUCUGGCAGCCACACUGAAACCGAUGUCAUCUCUUACUACACCACUACCGACUCUGAAGGUGAAUUAGUUACCACUUCUACCACCUACCCAGUCACUUCUUCUGGUGUUCCAGCUCCAGUCACCACCACUAUCACUUCUGGCAGCCACACUGAAACCGAUGUCAUCUCUUACUACACCACUACCGACUCCGAAGGUGAAUUAGUUACCACUUCUACCACCUACCCAGUCACUUCUUCUGGUGUUCCAGCUCCAGUCACCACCACUAUCACUUCUGGCAGCCACACUGAAACCGAUGUCAUCUCUUACUACACCACUACCGACUCUGAAGGUGAAUUAGUUACCACUUCUACCACCUACCCAGUCACUUCUUCUGGUGUUCCAGCUCCAGUCACCACCACUAUCACUUCUGGCAGCCACACUGAAACCGAUGUCAUCUCUUACUACACCACUACCGACUCUGAAGGUGAAUUAGUUACCACUUCUACCACCUACCCAGUCACUUCUUCUGGUGUUCCAGCUCCAGUCACCACCACUAUCACUUCUGGUAGCCACACUGAAACCGAUGUCAUCUCUUACUACACCACUACCGACUCUGAAGGUGAAUUAGUUACCACUUCUACCACCUACCCAGUCACUUCUUCUGGUGUUCCAGCUCCAGUCACCACCACUAUCACUUCUGGCAGCCACACUGAAACCGAUGUCAUCUCUUACUACACCACUACCGACUCCGAAGGUGAAUUAGUUACCACUUCUACCACCUACCCAGUCACUUCUUCUGGUGUUCCAGCUCCAGUCACCACCACUAUCACUUCUGGCAGCCACACUGAAACCGAUGUCAUCUCUUACUACACCACUACCGACUCCGAAGGUGAAUUAGUUACCACUUCUACCACCUACCCAGUCACUUCUUCUGGUGUUCCAGCUCCAGUCACCACCACUAUCACUUCUGGCAGCCACACUGAAACCGAUGUCAUCUCUUACUACACCACUACCGACUCUGAAGGUGAAUUAGUUACCACUUCUACCACCUACCCAGUCACUUCUUCUGGUGUUCCAGCUCCAGUCACCACCACUAUUACUUCUGGCAGCCACACUGAAACCGAUGUCAUCUCUUACUACACCACUACCGACUCCGAAGGUGAAUUAGUUACCACUUCUACCACCUACCCAGUCACUUCUUCUGGUGUUCCAGCUCCAGUCACCACCACUAUCACUUCUGGCAGCCACACUGAAACCGAUGUCAUCUCUUACUACACCACUACCGACUCUGAAGGUGAAUUAGUUACCACUUCUACCACCUACCCAGUCACUUCUUCUGGUGUUCCAGCUCCAGUCACCACCACUAUCACUUCUGGCAGCCACACUGAAACCGAUGUCAUCUCUUACUACACCACUACCGACUCUGAAGGUGAAUUAGUUACCACUUCUACCACCUACCCAGUCACUUCUUCUGGUGUUCCAGCUCCAGUCACCACCACUAUCACUUCUGGCAGCCACACUGAAACCGAUGUCAUCUCUUACUACACCACUACCGACUCUGAAGGUGAAUUAGUUACCACUUCUACCACCUACCCAGUCACUUCUUCUGGUGUUCCAGCUCCAGUCACCACCACUAUUACUUCUGGCAGCCACACUGAAACCGAUGUCAUCUCUUACUACACCACUACCGACUCUGAAGGUGAAUUAGUUACCACUUCUACCACCUACCCAGUCACUUCUUCUGGUGUUCCAGCUCCAGUCACCACCACUAUCACUUCUGGCAGCCACACUGAAACCGAUGUCAUCUCUUACUACACCACUACCGACUCUGAAGGUGAAUUAGUUACCACUUCUACCACCUACCCAGUCACUUCUUCUGGUGUUCCAGCUCCAGUCACCACCACUAUCACUUCUGGCAGCCACACUGAAACCGAUGUCAUCUCUUACUACACCACUACCGACUCUGAAGGUGAAUUAGUUACCACUUCUACCACCUACCCAGUCACUUCUUCUGGUGUUCCAGCUCCAGUCACCACCACUAUCACUUCUGGUAGCCACACUGAAACCGAUGUCAUCUCUUACUACACCACUACCGACUCCGAAGGUGAAUUAGUUACCACUUCUACCACCUACCCAGUCACUUCUUCUGGUGUUCCAGCUCCAGUCACCACCACUAUCACUUCUGGUAGCCACACUGAAACCGAUGUCAUCUCUUACUACACCACUACCGACUCUGAAGGUGAAUUAGUUACCACUUCUACCACCUACCCAGUCACUUCUUCUGGUGUUCCAGCUCCAGUCACCACCACUAUCACUUCUGGCAGCCACACUGAAACCGAUGUCAUCUCUUACUACACCACUACCGACUCCGAAGGUGAAUUAGUUACCACUUCUACCACCUACCCAGUCACUUCUUCUGGUGUUCCAGCUCCAGUCACCACCACUAUCACUUCUGGCAGCCACACUGAAACCGAUGUCAUCUCUUACUACACCACUACCGACUCUGAAGGUGAAUUAGUUACCACUUCUACCACCUACCCAGUCACUUCUUCUGGUGUUCCAGCUCCAGUCACCACCACUAUCACUUCUGGUAGCCACACUGAAACCGAUGUCAUCUCUUACUACACCACUACCGACUCCGAAGGUGAAUUAGUUACCACUUCUACCACCUACCCAGUCACUUCUUCUGGUGUUCCAGCUCCAGUCACCACCACUAUCACUUCUGGCAGCCACACUGAAACCGAUGUCAUCUCUUACUACACCACUACCGACUCUGAAGGUGAAUUAGUUACCACUUCUACCACCUACCCAGUCACUUCUUCUGGUGUUCCAGCUCCAGUCACCACCACUAUCACUUCUGGCAGCCACACUGAAACCGAUGUCAUCUCUUACUACACCACUACCGACUCUGAAGGUGAAUUAGUUACCACUUCUACCACCUACCCAGUCACUUCUUCUGGUGUUCCAGCUCCAGUCACCACCACUAUCACUUCUGGUAGCCACACUGAAACCGAUGUCAUCUCUUACUACACCACUACCGACUCUGAAGGUGAAUUAGUUACCACUUCUACCACCUACCCAGUCACUUCUUCUGGUGUUCCAGCUCCAGUCACCACCACUAUCACUUCUGGUAGCCACACUGAAACCGAUGUCAUCUCUUACUACACCACUACCGACUCUGAAGGUGAAUUAGUUACCACUUCUACCACCUACCCAGUCACUUCUUCUGGUGUUCCAGCUCCAGUCACCACCACUAUCACUUCUGGCAGCCACACUGAAACCGAUGUCAUCUCUUACUACACCACUACCGACUCUGAAGGUGAAUUAGUUACCACUUCUACCACCUACCCAGUCACUUCUUCUGGUGUUCCAGCUCCAGUCACCACCACUAUCACUUCUGGCAGCCACACUGAAACCGAUGUCAUCUCUUACUACACCACUACCGACUCCGAAGGUGAAUUAGUUACCACUUCUACCACCUACCCAGUCACUUCUUCUGGUGUUCCAGCUCCAGUCACCACCACUAUCACUUCUGGUAGCCACACUGAAACCGAUGUCAUCUCUUACUACACCACUACCGACUCUGAAGGUGAAUUAGUUACUACUUCUACCACCUACCCAGUCACUUCUUCUGGUGUUCCAGCUCCAGUCACCACCACUAUCACUUCUGGUAGCCACACUGAAACCGAUGUCAUCUCUUACUACACCACUACCGACUCUGAAGGUGAAUUAGUUACCACUUCUACCACCUACCCAGUCACUUCUUCUGGUGUUCCAGCUCCAGUCACCACCACUAUCACUUCUGGCAGCCACACUGAAACCGAUGUCAUCUCUUACUACACCACUACCGACUCUGAAGGUGAAUUAGUUACCACUUCUACCACCUACCCAGUCACUUCUUCUGGUGUUCCAGCUCCAGUCACCACCACUAUUACUUCUGGCAGCCACACUGAAACCGAUGUCAUCUCUUACUACACCACUACCGACUCUGAAGGUGAAUUAGUUACCACUUCUACCACCUACCCAGUCACUUCUUCUGGUGUUCCAGCUCCAGUCACCACCACUAUUACUUCUGGCAGCCACACUGAAACCGAUGUCAUCUCUUACUACACCACUACCGACUCCGAAGGUGAAUUAGUUACCACUUCUACCACCUACCCAGUCACUUCUUCUGGUGUUCCAGCUCCAGUCACCACCACUAUCACUUCUGGCAGCCACACUGAAACCGAUGUCAUCUCUUACUACACCACUACCGACUCCGAAGGUGAAUUAGUUACCACUUCUACCACCUACCCAGUCACUUCUUCUGGUGUUCCAGCUCCAGUCACCACCACUAUCACUUCUGGCAGCCACACUGAAACCGAUGUCAUCUCUUACUACACCACUACCGACUCCGAAGGUGAAUUAGUUACCACUUCUACCACCUACCCAGUCACUUCUUCUGGUGUUCCAGCUCCAGUCACCACCACUAUUACUUCUGGCAGCCACACUGAAACCGAUGUCAUCUCUUACUACACCACUACCGACUCUGAAGGUGAAUUAGUUACCACUUCUACCACCUACCCAGUCACUUCUUCUGGUGUUCCAGCUCCAGUCACCACCACUAUCACUUCUGGCAGCCACACUGAAACCGAUGUCAUCUCUUACUACACCACUACCGACUCUGAAGGUGAAUUAGUUACCACUUCUACCACCUACCCAGUCACUUCUUCUGGUGUUCCAGCUCCAGUCACCACCACUAUCACUUCUGGCAGCCACACUGAAACCGAUGUCAUCUCUUACUACACCACUACCGACUCUGAAGGUGAAUUAGUUACCACUUCUACCACCUACCCAGUCACUUCUUCUGGUGUUCCAGCUCCAGUCACCACCACUAUCACUUCUGGUAGCCACACUGAAACCGAUGUCAUCUCUUACUACACCACUACCGACUCUGAAGGUGAAUUAGUUACCACUUCUACCACCUACCCAGUCACUUCUUCUGGUGUUCCAGCUCCAGUCACCACCACUAUCACUUCUGGCAGCCACACUGAAACCGAUGUCAUCUCUUACUACACCACUACCGACUCUGAAGGUGAAUUAGUUACCACUUCUACCACCUACCCAGUCACUUCUUCUGGUGUUCCAGCUCCAGUCACCACCACUAUCACUUCUGGUAGCCACACUGAAACCGAUGUCAUCUCUUACUACACCACUACCGACUCCGAAGGUGAAUUAGUUACCACUUCUACCACCUACCCAGUCACUUCUUCUGGUGUUCCAGCUCCAGUCACCACCACUAUCACUUCUGGUAGCCACACUGAAACCGAUGUCAUCUCUUACUACACCACUACCGACUCUGAAGGUGAAUUAGUUACCACUUCUACCACCUACCCAGUCACUUCUUCUGGUGUUCCAGCUCCAGUCACCACCACUAUCACUUCUGGCAGCCACACUGAAACCGAUGUCAUCUCUUACUACACCACUACCGACCCUGAAGGUGAAUUAGUUACCACUUCUACCACCUACCCAGUCACUUCUUCUGGUGUUCCAGCUCCAGUCACCACCACUAUCACUUCUGGCAGCCACACUGAAACCGAUGUCAUCUCUUACUACACCACUACCGACUCUGAAGGUGAAUUAGUUACCACUUCUACCACCUACCCAGUCACUUCUUCUGGUGUUCCAGCUCCAGUCACCACCAUUAUUACUUCUGGCAGCCACACUGAAACCGAUGUCAUCUCUUACUACACCACUACCGACUCCGAAGGUGAUGUUAUUGUUACUAGUAGUGAUUUGUUUUCCAAUAUAUUUUCAACAAGAGUUAGUGUCAGUUGUAGUGGUUUCUCUGUUUUCAGAUCUAUAUUGUAUUCUGUAAAUGGAGAUAUACUUGUUAGUGUUAGAAACUCCGUUGAUUCUUCUGUUACUUCGUCAAUGCUUUCAGGUAGUGUUAGUGUUAGUGUUAGCGAUAGUAUUUCGUAUUAUACCACUACUGAUACAAACGGUAGUAUUAUUACAAUUACUACCACUGUUCCUUGCGAGACGUCCACUGACACCGUGAAACCAACUGAGAUUACAAGUCAAGUUACAGUGACAGAUUCUUUCGGUAGUAUUAUUACAAUUACUACCACUGUUCCUUGCGAGACGUCCACUGACACCGUGAAACCAACUGAAAAUACUACUCAUGUCACUACCACCGAUUCUGCUGGUCACACAACUGUCAUAACUUCUGACAUAGCACCAACUCCAUCUACUUCUACUGACACUGUGAACCCAACUGAAAAUACUACUCAUGUCACUACCACCGAUUCUGCUGGUCACACAACUGUCAUAACUUCUGACAUAGCACCAACUCCAUCUACUUCCAUCAAUGUAACUAAAUCGACUGACGCCGCUUCUAACACCAUUAUCCCAACCGGUUCUGAUGAAAAAUCAUCUUCUACAUUGUCUGCAAGUGUAACUUCCAAUGGGGUUAACACUUCUACGUUAUCUUUGUCAAAUAGUUCCAAGUCAGCAGAAUCGACCGACUUGAGCAAUUCAGAAAAUGAGAGCCUGACAAGCACAUCUUACGUUCCAUCAGCUACAGUUGGAAUUUCUUCAUCUUUCGAAGGCGCAGGUAUAUCUAAUAAGAUGAGCAAUACGUUGGGUAGUUUCAUUGGUAUGUUUAUUUUAGCAAUAUUAGUUUAA